CUGGCAGCCGCGGGGGAAACUGAGGCAGGAGUGUGGCCUUGGAGACAGUCAGGGCUGCGCCUACCUGGGCCGGAGUCCACUAUCUGGUUGCUGGCAUCCAGAUGGGGUCCAAGCCAGGGAGAGCUUAAGGUGCUCUGGUCUGACCCCCCACGGCUGGCCCGGACAUGAGCGAGCAGGAGACGGAGACAGAGGAGGAUGAGGGAGGGGGUGCCUCGGACACAGCACCCAUGCUGCCCCGAAGGCCUCGCGACCACCGGGCCACAGCCCUGAGGCCGGGGUGGCAGGCCCGGGCUGCCCCACAGAGGCCCCUCCGGCCCCUGGCUUCAGGGCUGCGCGCCCUGGCCGGGCUCCUGCUGCAGCUGGUGCUGCCAGCUGCCGUCUUCCUGCUGCUGCUGCUCCCGGCAGCCGCCAUCGUCUACCUGGGAUUCCUGUGCCACUCAAAGGUCCACCCGGCCCCCGGCCCCCGGUGCCGCGCGCUGCUCUCGGACCGCGGCUCCGCGGCGCUCAUCGUGUUCGGCUUCCUCUCGCUGCCGCCGCUGCUGGCGCUCGCCUCGGCCGCCCGCGCCCGCCUGGCCCGGCACCUCCGCCCGCCGCUGCAGUCCCCCACCCGGACCCCCGGACUCCGCUGCCGCCCGUGCUCCAGCGACCCGGGACUGGCGAGCCGCCGCCCCGGCGGGGAGGAGCAGCUCUGCGCCUGGGUGUGACCCCCGAUGCCACUUCAAGGGACACUGAGGCUUGCCAGUCCCGGGAGUUCCCCGAGCUCCCCUGCGUGCCCCCAGGCCGGGCACGCGCGCAGCGCUCCGAGUGGCCGCGAGGUGGCACCCGGCUGCCCCGGACCCGGGUCGUCCCCGCCCCCUCCCCGCAGCCUCCUCCUUGCUGCCGGGCGGAGGUGGCCCCCCCCCCCCCCGGGGAGGGUCGCAGCGCGGAGCUCCAAGCAAGGCGGCCUUCCCGGCUGUGCGCGCCACGCUGGGCUCCCGCCCCCUCCCGAGGGGCUGCCCUGCGCCCUGCGCCCUGCGCCCUGCGCCCUGCGCCCUGCGCGGUCAGCCGCCGGGUCCCGCUGGUGCCAGGGCUGGUGAGGCUGGGAGACAGCGCACUGGGCCAUAAGUCCUUGGCUCCAGAGGCUGCAGCGGGGGCAGGGCUCUCGGGGCAGGAUGAGCGCUCACCCCCUGCCGGGUCGGGGCAGGGCUCGGCCUGUGACCGGGGCUCACAUUUGGACAGGCACCAGUGUAGUAGCUUGUAAUAGCUCAUCUCCUCUCUGGAUGAUUUUAGAUCUUUCCCUUGUCUUUGGUGUUCUGUGGCUUCACCGCACGGUUCCAGUUGUGGACGUGCUCUCAUUGAUCCUGUUUCCUGUUUCUGCGGGUCCGUACCUUUCAUCUGUUCUGGAAAAUGCUCAGCCUUCGUCCCUUCCAUUUUCCUAAACCCUUCUCAGUACUUUCACGAUCCUUUCACCUCCCACAUCAUGUAAUCUCUGCUUGUAUUUUCCUCCCCUUGUCUCUCCGCGCGCAUUCUGGGCAAUUUCAUCUUCCCUUCCAGCUCACCGAUUCAUUCACUGUGUCUAAUCCUCUGAUUAACUCAUCCAUUUAAUUUUAUUAUAUUAAUACAUCUAAAAGUUAUAUUUGGCCAGGCACAGUGGCUCUGUAAUCUUAGCACUU